AUGGCAACACAAUGCGAACAGUUCUUCGGCAUUCAGGAGCUAGUCGACAUCCUCACGUCUUUUCUCACUCAGCUGGACCUCUCGAGGCUCGCCCGCACCAGCCGGACUAUCUACACGUGCUGCACCCCGGCGCUUUACAAGGAGCUGAGCAUUGUUGUGAGAAACGGAAAACUCAACGUCUUCAACUCAAAAACCGGCAUGGCUGCCCUCGCACGGAACAUUCAGCAUGUCAGGAAGGCAUUCUUUGGAGUAGAGGAGCAAGCAUACUACUACAAUUGCGUCCUGGCAUUUGAGAAGCUCCAGUUCCACCAACCCACUGACAUGUAUCCUCCGCAGCAACGACCCAAGUGGUUGCCUCCAGCAGAUCCCCUCCAACACGAAUUGGUCCCCCUCCCACCAUUGACCAACCUGCAGGACUUUUUCUUUACGUUCGACACAGCCAACAACCCCUACAAGCUUCCAAGCAGCCUUGACCACCGAGCAAUGGUGGCACAACUCUCGUGGAUGAUAUCCCUCAACCACCGCAAUCUCGUCAACCUUAGUAUAGCUGACAUCCCAAAGUAUGGCGUUCGCGAAGGCGAGUUUCGGGAUCUUUGCAGAGCCAUCUCAGAAUUGACAGAGUUGAGGGAGUUGGAUGUCUCUUUCGAGACCCGGGAGGUCGAUAUUUUCCAGACAGGCUUAGAUGUUUUCUUCUCUUGCCGCCCGUCGAUUCGGCACUUGAUGAUACAUGUGUUUGAGGGUGGCGAGGAGGAUGACGAGGUGGAGGAAGAGGACGAUGGAGACGAUGGCACCGAAUCGGACAAAGAAGGUCAGCAGGAGUACCAGAGCAGAUCAAGGAAAGACAGUCACAAGGUCCGAGAUUUGGUGCCUUUGCCGAGGAGACAGGAACCGUUGAGUAAUCUGGAGAUGCUAAAGUUGUGGGCCAUUGGAGCUCAGGAUUCGACGUCGGACAUCCUAUCAGUUUUCGCGCAUUGCCCCAACAUCGAGGAGCUGUCGAUCUUCUCCUUGGCUGGGUAUCACGAGGUUGAUGUCAUUGGAGAGUAUAUCGGAAAAAUGUGUCCCAGGAUCGAGUCGCUCAGUUACGGUUCCAGAUAUGACUCAGCGGCGAACGACUCUUUGCCUUUCAGGAUCAUGGAUGCGCUACCCGCUCAGCAGCUCCGGGAGGUUCGGUGCUAUGGGCGUUUUGCAGAGGCUACGACGCUCUCCGACAACUUCCCACGGCUUGCUCGGCAUUUCGACACGCUACAGCAACUCGCUCUCCAUCGCACUGGGAGCAUUUCUAGGAUAUCUAUUGCCAGCGUUUUCAGAGAGUGCAACAACCUGGAGAGCCUCUUAAUCGAAUGCCUCGGCUGUAUAGGCUGCUUUAUCGAGCUGUCGGAUGCGAUCGAUGGCCCUUGGAACUGUUUAAAGUUGAGGCAGCUUAAAGUCAGCAUUAGCGAAUGUGGGCUUCCUGUGGAGGCGGGCGUAAAGCCGUACUACUCUCGUCCUACCCCCAUAGCACUUAGCGCGGACGAGACGCGGCAUUUUGCCCGAUUAGGUUCCCUCUACCAGCGGAUUGGGGCGUUGACAGAAUUGCGAGAGUUGGAUCUAAGGAUGGUAACUCGUAUCGGACAAAGUCACCGCGGCACCAGACUGGACAGCGAGUGGGUGUUUCAUGCUAUGCUAAGUCUCGGAGACGCCGAGGCAGGUCGACCAGGGUUUUUGAACCAACUAGCUGGGCUGUCCAAGCUGGAGAUACUUAAUGGGUCUGUCUGCCUGGACGAGGAGGAGGCCAAGGUCACGAUCGGAUGGGAUGAGGUCCGUUGGAUGGACAUGCACUGGCCGCGACUGGUGAAGGCGAAGUUUCUCACGCACAGGAAGCAUAUUACAGCGCCGUUCCAAUGGUUUAGUGACAGGGGCAAGGACAACCAAGCAUAA